AUGCAGCUCCAGGGGACUGUGAUACUUGUAGCCGCCCUCGUCGGAUCAGUUUUUGCAGCAGGAAACCCUCACAUUCGUGCUCAUAACCAGUUUCCGAGCUUCUUCCCCGCAUCGGAAGACUUCCUACCGGGAAUCAUACAGAGCAACUGCGCUGGUCAAUUUGCCAACUACACGAACCAGAGCCUACCCGAUGGCGAGGGGCAUGCUUGGGCCGGCAAGCUGAUCGACUGCGUCUUGCCGGCUUGCACGAAAGGCUAUCAGAACGAGUUUACGGUUUCUGGGCUUCUCAUUGGACUGUUACCGGCUGGGUUAUCGCAGUUUGGCCCGUCAAUGGCGAAUCUAGCCUUGUUAAUCAAUCGAGAUUUGGCUUCCUAUGUAUUGACUGUGCCGACUAUUGGGUUCCCUCGUUGGUUAAUGCGAGCGCCUUGGGUUGUUCGCGCUGCCAUCUCCUGUGUUGAGUACCUAGUCGGCAUGCUCGCUACGGGGAACGUCGUCUAUCAGGUCUAUCGGCUUACCUACAAGGCCGUAUCGCAGGCUACCUAUACCGUGAGCAUCAAGAUCCCCAACGUGCUAGAAACGUACAUCUUAUUCUUUUGGAUGGUUGUCAUGGCGCCGAUCUUUGGCAUUGCAUAUAGUACGCUGAGAGCGGGAUACUCUAUUGCAUCCUCCAAAGCCACGCAGAGGAAAUCUGCCGUAGUGAAAUGGAUAUUGGAUGAAUUUACCCCGUCACUCGUGGAUGCCGAGACGCCUAUGGAGGUGAAGCGAGAUGCCGGAGGUGGGGCCGAAGAACUAGAGCCGAUGCGACUCGAUUGA